AUGCAUGUAGAGCGAGAAGUGGAUUUCAUCACCAACGUCAGGAGAAAACAGGAUCAUCUGACGAAGGUGGAGGGGAGAAACGAGCGAGAGAUCUUGCAGGAUCAUCGACCACGAUGCACCACUGCGAUCGAGGACCUGGAGGAGAUCAGACGCAGUUCAACUCGACGGGUGCGAUCGAUCGAUGCCAAUCGAGCGCUGUCGUCACGGGAAAUAGAUCCGGCGCUGGAGCAACAAGGUGGCGCCCCUGGCGGCAGAGCUGGCGGCAGAGGUGGCGGUCGGAGAAGAUGCGCAAAGGGAAAAGGGGAAGCAGAUUGGGGGCUCAAGUGGAGGUGGAGGUGGAGGUGGAAGGCUACGCGAAAUAGGCCUAGGCAGGCGUGUACCCGUCGCCCGCCUAAAUAUGCCGCGCGAGCAGAUCCGUUGGUCUCGGAGGCGGUCCGCGGCUCCAGCGGAGAGGAGGCCGCGGACGACAAAUUCGCGCAGCCAGUGGCAGGGAGGGAAAGAUUGCAAGAAUCUGAGCUCGGGUAUUUAUCGGGGCGGAGUAGAUGGGCGCGAGAAUGGCAGCGAGCAAGAACGAGAGGGGGCCACGGGCUUCGACAAAUUGGAGAGUGGAGGGUGGUGGGUAGAGAUGACGAGCGACCGUCCGAGGCCGAGGCGUCGAGAGGCGUCGUUCGGCGAGGGGAGGGGAGGGGAGGAGAGGGGAGGAGGAGAAAACGUGAGUCAGAUGGGGCGAACGAGGGCCUCACAAAUCACAAGUGGCAUGGCUGCGUUGGGCGAGAUUGUGUUUUGAUGACCGAAAGCGGAGCGGAAAGUUUUGGUACGAGUCAGACGUGGCAGAGGUGCGCUUUAUUGGAAGCUGGGACCCGAAACUCGCAGCUCGCAGCUCUCACCGUCGAGCCAAGUGCUGCAGUGUUGGAUGACCGUCCAUCGGGGGAUCCAAUUCGUCUCUCCCUGGAUUCGUUCGUCGUACUGGCCUAUCAGCAGUUCGCUUAG